GUGAUUCUUUUGAGAGCUUUGGUCUUGUGAGUGAGACGGUGAGCAGUGAGAUGACAUUGAGUUGCGCUUUGUUUCACGUUUGUGUUCUUUGAGUUUGCGCAAAAAUUUUCUCUGAGUAUCCCUUUUUUUGCCUUUUGUGAAGCCACACUUCUGCCUUUUAUGGGCGCGCAUCGAUUUCAUUUUCCAUGAAUUGAAUGAAGCACGCUACGGCCAUUGAUUUGUAGCACGGAACACAAGAAAGAGAAACACAGUCGCGCUCGAUCGUCAGGAGACGGGACUCGAAAAAGAAAAGAAAAAUGGAACCGGCUUCGUGGAGGUGACCGUGCGAAUUGUGCCCACGACGAACGUGGUACAACUAGCGGUCUUGGGAGCAAUAUCACAACCUUUUCCAGAGGGCGCAGAGAUGGUAUGAUUCUACUCGUUGUUUUUGUUUCAUGAGUCUUGUUUCAUCUUGGUCUUGCAAAGACCCUGUUCAUGCAUCGUCAUGCAGAAGGAAAAAAUUACAAAAGCAAAACCCACCAGGUCGCCCUGCUCUCCUCCUCCCGCCGUACAGCCGGCAGCCUCUACUCCAACCGGUCUGUCCGCACGUCUCGGUCUACCUCCAGAAGCAGGCUCGGCACCAAAAACGCCAGCCCGAUCAGCGAGUUUUCUUCCAUCACCAAAAUCGCCAUCCCGGACGACCCGCCGCGCGUUUCGCUGACCUCCUGGCUGUUAAACGACCCGGACAUCAUCUCCCCCCGGUUUCAGCGGAAUCGGUCGGAGGAACGACGGGUGUCGGACGAUGAAGGCGAGUCUGUUUUUAUCGCCAGAAAAAACUGUUUCACUGUAUUAAACUUGUAAUGCAGAAAAUGCAUCUCACAGCUGUUUGUCAUGGGACACAUGCAAGACAGUGGAUGCUUCGCUGUGUUUUCCCUUUGGAGCUUUGCAUCGUAAAUUUUCUCUGUCAUGUAGAACAAACUUGUGAUGCAAAAUCUCCAAAAUCCUUACAGUGAAACACUUUUUUCGUACGAUAGUUUUGUCGGAUUCGGAUUUUUUUCGUAGGGCAAGUCCCGGACGAGAUGUUGACGGGCAAGGACGUCAUCAGGAUCACCACCAAUAUGCAGUGCAAAAGUAUCGCACUCGUAUAAAUGCAAUACAGAUUUGGAUUUCCUCAGCAUGAGAAAUAAUAAUAAAAUUUGCAAUGCUGAUUUACCUUAGGGAAAAGAUUUGCAAUGCAUUAUUGUAACCCCGUCCCGUAACGGGGUUCGCCUAAGUCGGUCAUUUGUAUGCAAGGCGUUGGGUUACCCGGUCGGCAGAGCCGAUCCACAACGAACGAACGAUUAUUGCUAUACAACGAGUACGAUACUUUUGCACAGGAUAACCAAAUCAGGAUCACCACGUCAACCUCCGACGGGCAUGGUGGUUCCUCCUCCGCAACCGGAAUGCGACCGAGAAGCAAAUCUUUUUUCGCCAACAUCGGCUUGAAUUUCCCGGCCAGGGUCACGUGGCCCGGGAGUAUAUCCUGUGCAAAAGUAUCGUACUCGUAUAAAUGCAAGUCUUGCAUUACAAAUCUUGUUCCCAAGGCAGAUCUGCAUUACAAAUUUUAUUUCUCGUGCUGAGAAAAUUUGUGAUGCAUUUAUACGAGUACGAUACUUUUGCAGUUCAUAGAGUACAUCGACCAGCUCUCUGCGGAAAAGUCACGACCAGCACCCUACUUCCUCAACGACCGCGGUGUUCUUUGACGAGGCCCAAAUCAAACACGCGGAGGGUGUCGUGAAGGACGAGAGCAGUUGUUCUGGACUCUUAAAACAGCGAAAUUCCUUCACCAACUUCGCCGCACGAGCAACGGAAAUCGCAAACUCUGUGCUUUCCGGCGGUGGUGGGGGAAUGUUGAGUAAGUCCAAGUCAACCUCGACUACAAAUACAGCGGGUUCAGCCGCUUUUGCCUUCGGAACAACUACCAGCAGGACCACGACGACUGGGACAACUGGUACUACUACCAUUACCCGCCACGGCCGCACACCCUCGCCGACCGACUCUGCGGUCAGCAACCAGCGGUACCUGCUGCAAGAAAAGCUUAUCAACUGCAAAAAUGUCUGGGUCUGGAAGAAUGCAGGAGUUUGUCAUGCAGAUUUUGCAUGACCCAUGAGGUUUGUGAUGCAUGCCCUAGCAUCAGAGAUUUUGCGAGGGCUUUCUGAUGCUCAUUCCGCAUGAGAAAUGACCUCUCCGCGUAGCACAAAUUACGCCUCUUUUGAUGUUCAUGCAAUACAGAUUUUAUGUAGAGUCCAAAGGUAGCAGCACAAGUUCCAACCUUCCAGACCCAGACAUAUUUGCAUUUCAUAAAGCUGUUGGCGGAACAGAAAGCGAACGUGUUUGCGAAUAGGAAAGCAAACUCUUUCACCAGUUCAUCCUCUUUAUGCUGUGCAAAAGUAUCGUACUCGUAGUCGUACUGAUUGCAAAACUGCAUGACAAAUGUUCCUCCUAAGGUCAAACAGCAUUACAAAUUCCACUUUUCUUCUUGCCGAAAUUUGUAAUGCAAGUUAUACUAGUGCGUUACUUGUUUUGCAAUGCAUAAUCUUUAAACCGUGUCAGCACAUCGACGGUGAGCUCUUGGCCGCGAGGGUCGCCAUUUGGAACGGACAGGAGCAGCCGUGGUAGAUCAUCUUCAAAUAAUCGCCGAACCACUUCUACAAGAGUUUUGAAUUCCAGUCCAGAAGAUGAUCAAGAUGAAGAUAACUACGGAAUCCCCCGCAUGUCAACAACAAACGAUGCAGACUGUACGUUUUACAAGCCGCCCAGACCGAAACAGUUCCUCUCGAAAUCAACUUUCGGCCGAGAUAUUCACGCGAAAAUGCGACAGCCGUCGAUUUCUCCGUCGCCGAGCCCCUCGCCGGAUAGCAGAGUGGACACCAGGGUGAUUCAAACGGGGAUCAACAUUGGAGAGGACGUCGAGAGACAAAUAAUCGCAAGUCCGAUGUCAACAGCGGGACCACGAGGGCCGUCUUCUUUAUCAAAGAAUUUGCUAUUGCUACAACAACCCAGAUCAUAUGGAUUGCAAAAGUGUCUGGGUCUGGAAGAUUGGAACUUGUGAUGCUGCAUUUGGAUUCCAAAAAAAUCUGUAUUGCAUGAGUAGCAAGGGGAAUGCAAUUUUUGCUACUCUGAGAAGGCAUUUGUCAUGCGGAAUAGGCAUCAAGAAGCCCUGAAAAAAUCUAUAUUGCUAGGGUAUGCAUCACGGACAUCAUGGCUCAUGCAAAACCUGCAUGACGAGUGUCAGAAUCUUCCAGACCCAGACAUUUUUACAGUUGCUAGAUCAUCGUCCAGCAGUUCCUUCUUCAAACAGAUGUGGCACAAUUUGAAGAAAAAGGGCGGCUCGUCUAUGACCUCCUCAAACGUUACAAUCUCAAGCGUUACAAUAGAAUCUGGGAUUUGUGUUGCAUGAUGAGCAUGACAGACUCGCAGAGCGUUGCACUUUCUGCAAUACAAAUUUCGCCAGAUUCUAGUGCGGUUCGGAGCUCCGAAACUUGUCAUGCGCAAUUCUAUGAGAGUUGGCUAGAUAAUGCACUUCUUGCAACACAAGUUUCAGACUCUAUUGUAACGUUUGAGAUUGUAACAGCUGAGCGGGUUAUAUCGUCGACUUCGAGCACGACCUUGAUUUCCAGUUACAAGGACCACGAAGAUGACGAAAUCAACGACCCGAUACGCGCCUUUCAGGAUUUAGAAGCGGGUUUACUGUACGAACAAGGUCGUGUUGAAGACGAAGCCGGGAUUUGUAACGGCAAUAUUGAAUCCUCUCCGCUCGACUCGGAUUACGACCAUUACAACGCAGCAAGAAUUUCCGCAUCGGAGGAAAAUUAUAGCAACGCGCUGUAUAAUUCUCCCGGAUAUGUUCAUGUUGUUGGUGCAGGAGAUGAACUACAGCAAAACUACAGUAGCUGCAGAUCGUCCGAAAAUCAGGUUGAAAAUCGGAACAGUACAAACAGUAAACCAUCUUCGGCCGGUACUAGUUCCUUCACGACGUCACGCCUCAACCACAGGCUGUUUGACGAACAAGAGAUACUGGAUGUGGAUCGGAGGAGCGAUAAAAGCCACGGGACAAGAACUUCCAGCAGUAGUAGUUCAACAUCAUCCUCACACGACGAUUCUACCUACGCCGGGAGGGAACAACAACAAGCAGGGACAAAACAGAAUGAGGAUGACCUCAACGCGGCUUUUGAGCUACAAGUUUCGUCCUCCGUGCCGAACAGCGUGGCUUCGAACAAUUGCACGCCGCAAAACGGUAUCAACUGUAAAAGUGUCUGGGUCUGGAAGAUAGUGACACUUGUCAUGCACGUUUUGCGUGAGCCCUGAUGUCUGUGAUGCAUGCCCUAGCAUCACAGAUUUUUUGAGAGCUUCUUGAUGCCUAUUCCGCAUGACAGAUGCCGUCUCCGCGUAGCAAAGAUUACAUUCCUUUUGGUACUCAUGCAAUACAGAUUUUUCUGGAAUCCAAAUGCAGCAUCACAGGUUGCAUUCUUCCAGACCCAGACAUUUUUACAUUUGAUAAACGGGGGCACAACAGGUGCAGGAACUACUGCAGCGGGGUUCGGAGGUGGUCGUGUAUAUGUAAUGGGCGCGGAACAGCGACCGCCGGAACUACAGUAUCGGGCGGGAUGA